GUGUGAGCCUAUCUAACCUGACCGUAUCCCCCGGUCGUCAAAUUGGCUUGCUUCGGAUUACCCGAACCUCAUUGCCUCGGUUCUCCUGCCUAUAUAUAUCGAACUAACUUCACUCCUCAUCGUCAAUGUUCGUUAAGUCUUCUUCUUAACCUUCACUGGUUGAUCUGGUCCUACCAGAAAAGCUUCGACUCACAGAAACGACAAAAGGAAAAAGGAUAUUUUCUUCUUUCAAGAGAUCAAGAAAGCUGACUCAAAAGAAUGGCGUUAGUCUCAGGAGGAAGGUCAACACUAAAUCCCGAUGCACCUCUCUUCAUUCCCGCUGCUUUUCGCCAGGUUGAGGAUUUCUCCCCGGAAUGGUGGCAGCUAGUGACAACCUCAACCUGGUACCGAGACUACUGGCUCAGCCAACAUCAGGGCGAGGACGGUUUCUACGACAACGCUGAAGAUGAUCUUGACAGCGGUGACAUUGUUGAUUUACUGCCCGACUCGUUUGAUCUUGACGCCGGUGAGGACUUCUCCAAUGUGGAAUAUCAGUUCGAAGAGUUUGUUCGAUCUUACGAAGCUGAACUUGAGAACAAAUCCCAUCUGUCGUCUUAUGGUGGCCUGAAACAGGAUGUUGAGGCAGAGAAUUUUUUGAGAACUUUAGGGGAAAGAAGCCCCAAGUCACCGGCAGAACCAGCUAAAUACAUGGAUAAGCCAGCCAAGUGGGUGAAUGCGAAAUGCAGUCCCCGAAGCAUUAAGCAGCCACGCUGAACCAUAAUAUCAAGCUUCCCUAUCAUGGCGGAUCUCCGUCCCUCCAGUAUAUUAGUACUGUAGUUGUUGUUUUCUAAUGGCUGUAUAGGAUGAGUUUGCAAGUCAAGCAGCUCAUGUAUCACUCCUGUUAAUCCUCAUGUCUUUUAACUUUCAGUUUAGUCAGAGUCCUUAGAAGGCGUGAACAAAAAUGUAAAAAUCUCAAUCGAAAGAUAAACAAAAACAGCAUUCUGUUUCACCACAGAUGAAUUUCCCCACA